AUGGAGUCAGUGGAUCUUGUGGUAGUAGGCGCAGGUUGGAGCGGGCUCUCUGCCAUCAAGACCUACCGCGAGGUCAAUCCAGACCACAAUGUACUCUUACUGGAAGCUGCCAGUUCUAUUGGCGGAGUAUGGGCUAAACACCGUUUAUACAAAGGCCUCAAAUCGAACAAUAUGCUGGGCACGUAUGAGUAUAGCGAUUUCCCAAUGGACGAAGCGACUUUCGACAUCAAGCCUGGACAGCAUAUCCCAGGUCAUGUAAUUCAGAAAUACAUGGAGGCGUAUGUACAACACUUUGAUUUUGCCGAUUGUAUUCGACUGGAACGCCAUGUGGAAAGCGCGCGACACAAUUCGGACGGAACAUGGCAGUUGAGCGUGUUGCACGGAGCGGAUACGACAAUAAUCGAGACUAAGAAGAUGAUUGUGGCCACCGGUAUCACGUCACAGGCAUACUUGCCUAUCUUCAAAGGGCAGGAUGAUUUUGAUGCCCCCCUUUUCCACUGCCGUGAUCUCCUGGAAUAUCAAGAUGCCGUGCUCCAGUCCGGGGAGCGCGCGACCGUUUUUGGAGGCACCAAGUCGGCCUGGGAUGCAGCCUAUGCCUGCGCAACGGCAGGUAUGAAAGUAGACUGGAUCAUUCGCGAGUCCGGCCAUGGACCUAUUUGGAUGGCGCCGCCCUACGUGACGCCCUUGAAAAAGUGGCUAGAAAAGCUAGUCACCACACGGCUUCUGACCUGGUUCAGUCCGUGUAUUUGGGGAGAGGCUGAUGGGUAUAAUGGCGUUCGCAGCUUCCUACAUGGUACCUGGCUAGGUCGUAAGAUUGUGGACACGUUCUGGGCUAUUCUGGCCAAUGAUGUUAUUCAGUUGAACGCCUACGACAAGCAUCCGGAGACGAAGAAGCUGAAGCCUUGGGUGAGCCCAUUCUGGAUCGCUUCCUCGCUCAGUAUUUUGAACUAUCCGACCAAUUUCUUUGAUUUCGUCAAGGAUGGCACUAUCAAGGUGCACAUCGCUGACUUGGACCAUCUCUCGGAUCACACCGUCCAUUUGUCAUCGGGUGAGGCGCUGCCAUCUUCAGCGCUGAUAUGCUCAACCGGCUGGCGUUGCACUCCAAACCUCAAAUUCCUACCGGAAGGCAUUGAUCGCCAGCUUGGAUUCCCUUGGAGUGUAGAUCCACUGAACGAAAAGUUAGUGAAAGCGGCAGACGAAGAGAUCCUGCGCCGAUUCCCCCGACUGCGUGAUCAACCAAACCCAAACCCCCACUACACCCCGCUAGACGAGCAUUCCGAGGCGGCUGUGCCGCACCCCUUCCGGCUAGCGAAGUUCAUGGUCCCACUUUCGCUAGUAAAGGAGCGCUCUCUCGCAUUCAUGGGUAUCACCAUGACCAUCAACACAACCCUAAUUGCCCAGACGCAGGCACUGUGGAUCGCGGCUUACUUCAAGGGCGAUCUGACCCCGGAAACACGUGAAAGCUGCCCAGUCGCUGUGCGUGCUGCGUCUGAUUUCAAGACGGAAGACGUAUCAGAAAUCGACCUUGCCUGGGAGACAGCGCUGUUUACUGAAUUUGGAAAGUAUCGUUACCCGGGAGGAUUCGGGCGGCGGAACCCCGACUUCGUGUUUGAUGCCAUCCCAUAUGUUGAUCUGAUGUUGGGAGAACUGGGUUUGUCACCACAGCGCAAGCAGGGCUUGCUGGCCCGGUGCUUGCAGCCAUAUGGUCCUGAGGAUUACAGGGGUCUGGUCGAUGAGUGGAAAUCUAAGCAAGGAACCAAGUAA